ACCCAGUUUUCAGUUGACAGUAAACAAUGGAUGCUGGUGAAGAUCGGUUGUUUCUGGGAUUUGAUUUUAGCACACAACAAAUCAAGGCUGAAGCAAUAAGUGACUCUCUACAACUUGUAAAUGAAACAGCAGUCAAGUUUGACUCGGAUCUUCCAGAAUUCAAAACUCAUGGAGGAGUGCACAUCCACAACGAUAAUGUCACAGUUACUGCCCCUACUAUCAUGUGGGUCAAGGCCUUUGACUUGUUGCUAGAUAAAAUGAAGAAGAAUGGUUUUCCCUUUCAUAAAGUGGCGUGCAUUUCAGGGGCAGGACAGCAAAAUGGUAGUGUAUACUGGAAAAAAGGUACAAACCAAAUCUUAAGAAAUCUUGAUGACAAAAGACAACUACAUGAACAACUACAGUGUAUUAUCAUAUAUUUUAAACACUUUGUUAUAUUUUCUGUAGCUUCCUUGGCAGGCGUGGCACCAAAACUAGGUGAUACAAUUAUAAGUCUGGGGUCCAGUGAUACAGUAUUCUCCUGGCUGUCGAGGCAGACAGUGGAACUGGAUGGCGAUCUUUUUGUUAACCCCAUCGACCCUGAUACAUAUAUGGCUUUUGUUGGCUUUAAAAAUGGUUCUCUCACAAGAGAGAGAAUCAAAGAUGAAUGUGCUGAAGGAUCAUGGGAUAAAUUUUCAGAAUGUUUGAAAAACACACCAAUGGGAAAUAAUGGAAAUAUAGGAAUAUAUUUUGAUGUGAUGGAGAUUCAGCCAUUAUCUCAAGGAAUUUUCCGAUUCAACAAAUCAGAUGAAAAGGUGGCCUCCUUCCCACCAGAAGUAGAAGUGCGAGCUGUGAUAGAGGGUCAGAUGAUCGCUCGUAAAAUGUACACAGAAAAGAGAGGAAUUCACACAGGCCUGGACACCCGAAUUCUGGCCACUGGUGGAGCCUCUCUGAAUAAGGCUAUUCUGCAGGUUAUAUCGGAUGUGUUUGGGGCACCUGUUUUUGUGAGUGAUAUUCCAAACUCAGCCGGCCUUGGCUCCUGUUACAGAGCUAAACAUGGGCUCGACGGUUGUGAUUUCGCUGAGGUUGUUAAGAACCACCACCGACCUGAGUGUGUGGCAGUCCCAACAGAGGGUGCUAGUGAGGUCUAUAAGGAAAUGAGUUUGAGGUACAGAAAAUUAGAGCGAGGAGUUGCCAACCAACAAAAGGAGUGAAAUGUCUAGGAUUAAUUAGUUUGCUCAUUAAUUAUGGUAGCAAAUCGCCUUUUAUUUACAUUUGGUGCUAUCUCCAUCUCGUAUUAUUUAAAUCUUUGUUAUGUAAUUGUGAUGGAUCAUUUCACUGGGUAUGCUAAAUAAAUUAUGUACCAUAGCUCAUCCUAUGAUGGACAAUAAAUUGAUUGUACAUUUUUCCUGAAA